CUUUCUCCUAUUCCCCUCCAACCCUUUUCUUCCUCGCCUCAAUUGUCGGUGGGCUUCUCUCACGGCUGCUUUAUAUACCCCGUCCAUACCCCUCCAUCUCCCUCCCCUGUCCAUAUCUCUAUCCUACCGCUCCCACCCCCUCCACCAUGUCUGUCCAGACCGUCUCCCUCACCCCCUUCACCGACCAGAAGCCGGGCACCUCCGGUCUUCGCAAGAAGGUCAAGGUCUUCCAGGAGCCCCACUACUCCGAGUCCUUCGUCACCAGCAUCCUCCUCUCCAUCCCCGAGGGCGUUGAGGGCUCCUUCCUCGUCAUCGGUGGCGAUGGCCGCUACUACAACACCGAGGUCAUCCAGAAGAUCGCCAAGAUUGGUGCUGCCUACGGUGUCAAGAAGCUGCUGGUCGGCCAGAAUGGCAUUCUCUCCACCCCUGCCGCCAGCAACCUCAUCCGCAAGCGCCAGGCUACCGGUGGUAUCCUCCUGACCGCCAGUCACAACCCCGGUGGCCCCAACGCCGACUUUGGCAUCAAGUACAACCUGGCCAAUGGCGCCCCCGCCCCCGAGUCUGUCACCAACAAGAUCUACGAAACCUCCAAGUCCCUCACCUCCUACAAGUACAUCGACAUCCCCGAUGUCGACACCACCACCAUUGGCUCCAAGACCUACGGCCCCAUUGAGGUUGAGGUUGUCCACUCCACCACCGACUACGUCACCAUGCUGAAGGAGAUCUUCGAUUUCGACCUGAUCCGCGAGUUCCUCAGCACCCACAAGGACUUCAAGGUUUUGUUUGACGGUAUGCACGGUGUCACUGGCCCCUACGGCGUUGACAUCUUCGUCAAUGAGUUGGGUCUGCCCGCUACCAGCACCAUGAACUGCGAGCCCAAGCUCGACUUCGGCGGUGGCCACCCCGACCCCAACCUGGUCUACGCCCACGAGCUCGUCGAGAGCGUCGACAAGAACGGCAUCCACUUUGGUGCCGCCAGUGACGGUGAUGGUGACCGUAACAUGAUCUACGGCGCCAACACCUUCGUCUCCCCCGGUGACAGUCUGGCCAUCAUUGCCCACCACGCCAAGCUCAUCCCCUACUUCCAGAAGCAAGGCGUCUAUGGUCUGGCUCGCUCCAUGCCCACCUCGGGUGCCGUCGACCGUGUGGCCAAGGCCCAGGGUCUGCAGAGCUACGAGGUGCCCACGGGCUGGAAGUUCUUCUGCAACCUGUUCGACAACCAGAAGAUCUCCAUCUGCGGUGAAGAGAGUUUCGGUACCGGUAGCAACCACAUCCGCGAGAAGGACGGUGUCUGGGCCAUCGUGGCGUGGCUGAACGUCAUCGCUGGUGUGGCCAAGCAGAAGCCCAGCGAGACCCCCAGCAUCGCCUCGAUCCAGAACGAGUUCUGGCAGACCUACGGCCGUACCUUCUUCACCCGGUACGACUACGAGAACGUUGACAGCGACGGCGCCAACAAGGUGAUCGCCACGCUGUCCGAGAAGCUCGACAACAAGGACACCUUUGUGGGCUCGACCGUGUCGGGCCGCAAGGUCGUCGACGUGGGCAACUUCGCCUACACCGACCUGGACGGCAGUGUGACCAAGAACCAGGGUCUGUACGUCAAGUUCGACGACGGUAGCCGCAUUGUGGUCCGUCUGUCCGGCACGGGCAGCAGCGGCGCCACCAUCCGUCUGUACAUCGAAAAGUACGAGAGCGAUGCCAGCAAGUUCGGCCUCGCCACGGACGAGUACCUGAAGGACAACGUGGCUCUGGCUCUGGAGCUGCUCAAAUUCAAGGAGUUCAUUGGCCGCGAGGAGCCUGACGUUCGCACAUAGAGGGAGAAUUUAUGUUAAUAGCAACAGUAUCGAGUAUUUAAUAAACGUUCAUAAUCAUUUC